UCCGCUAGCAACGUAGCAACCGUAUCGACUUCGUUGUCACGUUGAAAAACACAUUGUUGUGGAAAAAUAAUUCCUUUUACUGGUAGAAAAAAAAAACUGAAAUCUUGUUCUUCGGUAUCUUCGUGUCCGUCAGGUUGUAACGCGAAUUUGCGAAAAUGUCUCAACCGUAUGUGAUCCGGGUAAUGGAAGAGAUGGGCUGGGGUACCGAUCGCAGUUUUAUCCCUAUUGCAAACGAAGAGAACCGAAAGUUGCUGGAAUAUGUCAACCGGUUGGGUGAUCGCAAGACGAACAGUACGGGGCGAAUGGAAGACAGCGAUCGACGGUUAGCCAAUUUACAGGUUCAUCUCAAGAACGCCCAAGUUGAGUUCGAACAGAAUCAGAACCUGAUGAGCGUCGACAAGAGCCAAAUCGAUACGGAACAUAAUAUGCUGAAGCUGUCGGAAAAUGAAAGCGGUCGCUUGAAAAAAAUGACCAAGGAGGCACAAUGCGGGACGGAAGAGUUGGAGAAGCAUGAUAACCGAACACAGAAGGAGAUAAAACGACUCGCUGCCAGCAUGGAACACCUGACCGAGCGUAUCAAAUGGGCCAAAGCUGCAUUGAUCGAGUGGCAGCAGUUGAUGGGAAGCGGGGACGAGACUAAUCAAUUGAUUGCAAAGUACUGUCGACAGGAUGCUGGUCAGGCCGAGAGUUUAGAGGCGAAACGAAAGAUUCUCGAGGGAAAGGUGUCCAAACGGCGUGCUACUCUAGUUGAGCUGACCGAAGAAUACCGCUCGCUGGAGCAAGUUCUCGAGCGUACCUCGCAGUUGUUUCGACAGGCGCACAACGAACGAAGACAGCUAGUGUUGACGUGGAAGGAGGCUGUUAACCAUAUGAACCAACGCGAGGAUGAUAUUAAAACGGUCGAGGAAGAGGUCGAACGAGCGCGUGAGAUGAGCGAUCUGUUGAAUGAGGAUUUACAGGCACAGGUUGAUUUCCUGGAGGAGCAACAACGAAACAACAAGGAAAUCGAGAUAGGAAUAGCAGAAUUGAAUGUUGAGGUAUCCAAACUUCGGAAUCGUUUAAACGGAUUGACAGACAGCGUACAGCUCAAAACGAAUGAGUAUCAAGUGACGAGAAAGUCUGUUCAAAACGUGUCCAAUAAGUUGACGAGCAUGCGCAACAAAAACCGUCGGGCUUUGAUAGAAGAAGCUGAAAAGGAGAAGCAAAUACAUGCAAACCUGAGCCAGUUGGAAGAACUGAGAGACAAGUAUGAAAAUUUUAAAAGUAAAACGCUUUGUGCGCAAGAACGGUUGAGGCAACUGAAUGAAAUUGUAGAACAGGAGGAGAAGCAAAUGAAAAUACUUAGCGAUGAAACUGCACGAUUGUCAUCAGCACUCUAUCGAGCACAAACUCAGCUAUUGGUUAUGGAAGACGAGGAUAAACUCUUGAAAAUCGAUAUCGUAUCUUUGGAAUCUGGAAUUGUGAAAAUAAAAGCAGCGAUGAAGAUUCAGGAGAAGGAAAUUAUCCGACAAAUGGAAAUCUCGUACAACGUGGAUUAUAAGAUCGAGAAGAUAGCAGAGCGAAUAGCUAGCAUGCGUGGUGAGAACAAGCAAGAGGGAGCAAAUCGAGCUCAUGCUAAAUUAAUGCAUGCGGAGGCUAUCUAUUUGUCCAGAAAGCAAAACUACUCAUUACUACAGGCGCAAAUCUCGAAGGUUCAGAUAGAUUUUCGUCACCUGAAUGCCAUUUAUCAACAGGAUAACGACGAUAUUCAGCGAAUGACUGGAAAAUUGAAGGAAAUGAUAUUGAUUGUGGAAGGAGGCGAAAAGAAACUGCGACAGUUUAUGACAGAAAACCAGGAACGGUUGGUUGAAAAAAGUUUACUUAAGAUGAGGAUAAACCAGAUGGAAUCACGAGUUAAUAAACAGAAUGAUAAAAUGUACACCUUGGAACGUCAUCGAAUGGAGCUCGAAACUGCGAUUAAUGAGAGAUUGAUUGAUAUUCGAUCUCAGAAGGACAUGCUUCUGCUGAAAAAGAAAUAUCUGCAGGAUGAACGGGCACAGCUGAAAGCGGAUAUAAGCGAGAGAACUUUGAAGAUUGAACAGCUUAAAAACCGCUACGAACUGUCUCUUGAUCUGUUAGGAAAGAACGACGAUGGCACAAUCGUCACAGCGACGCAGAUCAAGAUCCAAAAUGCUCAAGAGAAAUACAUGCAGCUGCGUGAAGGUAGUGAGCUUAACGUUAAAAUCCUCAAGACAGAAGAUGAUCUAAAGGCACUGGAAAAUACAUUGAAGUUAAUGAAUUUUUCAAAUGAAAAUUACAAACGAUGCUUCCAAAAGGUGGACGACGAUAACCCAGACAUUCAGCAGAUGCAGUUAAUACAAAAUGAUUACUGUAAAGCUCUGACAGCUUUAAAAAGUGUCCGAACUGACUUGGUAAUUAAUACUGAGAAUCUACAUAGCCUAAAUGAGGAACGCGAGGAAAGUGAUAAAGGAUUAGAAGAAACACAGAAAAUUCGACUCGAUAAUAAUGAUGUUCUUCUGAAGAUUCAGAAGGAACUUCUAGACCAGAAGACAAAAAUUCAAAGGGCGGAGCGCGAGCUACGAUUGGCAAUUAAAGCUGCCAAAGCAAAAACAAAUGACGAGGAUAUUCUGGUUACAUUCCAAAGAGACUUGAACCUGAAGGAACUUGAAGAAAGAAACAAUAUGGUAUUGCAUCAGAUUGCUGAUCUGAUCGAAGUCUGUCCUGAGAUGAAUCCAACCGUGAACAAAUAUUUUUAUGACAAGGGUAUAAGACUUCCCUCUGUGCGUCGUACCAAGAGUCAGAUUUCGUGGCGUAGUGAAAAUUCGCCGGGGUCGGAGUGUAGUGGCCGUGCCGACAGUUCUUCUUCCAAACCAAUGUCAAAACUUUCUGCAUGCUCAACCUCAACUCGAUCAUCGGACUCGUCGGAAAAUAUUGCCAAAUCUUUUGACAACAGAAUGAGUGCCGGAUUGUCGGUGAUUCUGAUUGAUUUCCCGGGAGCCAGUAUCAAGAAGACGCAAGGAACGGUUAAAAAGUAAGUUGGGACACUCUUUCGGAUCUUCGGAUCGUUAAAUCCAAAGAAUAAUAAUUCACGGCUGACGACCAU